CACGAUUCUGACGUUGCGUAGAGAGAAGAAUGAAAUAGAGGUAUUUCCCCAUCCAGUUUUGAUACAAAUACAUGGCCAAUAAUUGGCUCAUUAUUGUAACGUUGAUCUUAACGAUGUUGUUUUUAUUUUUAUUAUUGAGUUUCGGUAUCGCGACAACCAUUGCCAAAGACGACAAAUUAAUAAAUGUCGUCUGCUAUUUCGUGAAUGGAUAUGGAGUUACCAUUGCCCCUCCAGAAACACUUGAUCCCAAAUUAUGCACACAUAUUCUAUACGCUUUCGUAAAUUUAGACAUUAGUGGGAAUUUAACAUAUCAAAGAAAAGAAGUUGAUAUAGACAAAGGAAUGUACAAACGAGUUGUUUCUUUAAAAAAAAUCAAUCCUGCACUCAAAGUUCUGCUAAGUGUAAGCGGUGACAAAAGUAUAUUUUCACGAGUUGCAAUGGACGAUGAGAAGAGGCAAAAUUUGGCGAAUAGCGCAGUGAAUUUUUGUAAAUCUUUCGGUUUCGACGGAUUGGACAUCGAUUGGGAAAAACCGAGUGAAGAGGAUGAGGAUAAUUUUGUAGAUUUGCUCAAAGAUUUGAGAAAUGCUCUAGACGAAGGAGGAUGGUUACUGAGCACUGCUGUUUAUCCGUAUCCGUACUCAGGUUAUAAUGCAACAGGAAUAACAAAAUACGUUCAUAUGCUAAAUGUGAUGUGCUACAACUAUUACGGUCCAUGGAGUCAAUACACAGGUUUCAACUCUCCUUUAUUUGGAUCUUCGAUAGAGAGUGACUACGAGAAAAGACAUCUUAAUAUUGCUAAUUCGAUAAAAAAUUGGAUAGAAGCCGGUGCAACAAAAGCCAAAAUUAAUGUUGGAAUACCAUUUUACGGACGUACUUUUACUCUAGUUAAUCCUCAAGACCAUGGAGUUCAUGCUCCGAUUCUUGGAGCUGGAAUACCUGCUUCUCCUUCUUAUAGCACAAUAUGCACAACUUUUAAUAAUUAUACAUAUGUAUGGGAUGAUGAACAAAAAGUUCCUUACAAAUAUUAUGGAUCGCAAUGGCUGACCUAUGAAAAUGAGCGAUCUAUUGCAAUAAAGACCAAAUAUAUCGUAUCCCAAAAUGUUGGAGGAAUUAUGAUUUGGCAAAUAGGCCAAGACGAUAUGAAAGGCGACUGUGGACAAAAACAAGGAUUACUCCGAAUUAUUAACGAUAAUUUGAAUGUUGAAAAUAUAACCACGAAUUAGAAGGAAAAAAAAUAUAUUUAUGUAUUAUAUUCUUACAGUAUUUGAUAUUUUUAAAUAGUAGGAAUUUU